AUGGCAUCAAAUGCAACCGCCGUAAAACCACAGUACUUCGAAACGAUAUGGGCCGCCUUCAGCACCAUCGGGCUUAACAACGUACUUGUCGGCCUUAUGAUCGCUGGAAUCAGGGGCAGGUUCUCAGCCGUCAUCCUAGUACCGAUCGUUACCUCGGCUGCGUGUGCUAUCUCCAAUGGUUUAUAUUACUACGUUUCUUUUUCCGACGCCCCGGCCGUUAACAGGGCGGUCGCUUAUGCGUUCUCGGAUUUCGCGUGGUUGGUUCAAGAAGGUGGACUCCCAUUCUACGGCUAUGCGAUCCUGGCCCCUAUCCUCUACGGCGGCGAGCACGCAAUCUACCUAACGCUCUUCUGGGGGUGUAUAUUCGUCACCGUGGUUGUCCGCGUUGCAAUAGCCGUGGUCGACGUGCUCUUCACACUCGCCGACGACCCUUCACCAACCCCCCUGGCCAUACAUUUGACCAUGGUCAACCGUCUGCACUUGGGCUACUUCAUACCCAUCGCGAUGGCCGAAAGCGUAAACGCCGUAUUCUUGCUGAAAAAGCUCCGCACGACCCUCCGGUCGUCGAUAUCGGGCGGACUAAAGGGCGGCAAGCUAUACCGCUACCUCAUACGCAGCGCCGAAAUACGCCUCGCUUCGCUGGCGCUCAUCGGCAUCCCGCGCUCAAUAACAUUCUUUUUCCACAUGGUGUCGGGCCCUCUAAACCCAGUCAGCCAGAUUGACCUGUUUAUUUACACUCUGGGGUGUUUGUUCCCAAUCAUCCUGUUCGUCGACAUCCUCGCCUCGCGUCUGGUCUUCGCCGAGGAGAGCGCUGCGAAAAGCAGCAACAUCGACAGCGUCGUGCUAGUAGACCAUGCUAUCAGUAAGCUGCACCCUUCGGCGUCGCAGACGGCCGCAGGCGAACGCCACGACAUCGGCCUGUUCGCCAUGUCGCACAUCGAACGCGAUGUCGGAGGCACAAACCGCAAACGGUUUGCCCAGAAGAGCAUUGAGGAACGAAACUGGAUGUGA